CGUCCAUCUUCAACCUCUCCAACAAACAGUCAAGUGCACCAUUCACAUCAAGAUUGACCUCCUUUCUAUUCAAAUCCGCCCAUAAAGUUCAAAAUGGCUCCCAAGCAGACCGAGAAGGGCCUUUUCCAGGCCGCCUACGAACAGGUUACUUCGCCUGAGCACACCACCAUCGUUAGGAGCAUCCUUGUCUUCGGCGCCGGCGUUGCUUUCCUCCACAGCAGCCUUUCUGAGCUCCUCCUUCCUCCUGCUUAAACGAAUCCUCCAAAUCCUUACCGCGUCGAAAUGAACCUCGGACGUUGCAAAUAAGCGCUCUGCGCCGCUUACCGACGCAAGCGAUUUCCGAACGACCUCUCUUUACGCUCGAAGCGGACAUGUAUUACUAGUAUAUGGUGUGUUUUAUGGGCAUGCGCUAUACCGUUUGGCGUUUUGAUAGAAUUAUUUGGAACAACAUAUGACAUAUUAUAAUUCAGCAUGCCUUGUUAGGAAGUUUUUGUCGUCUCGGCACCCUUCUCUCUUUAUGAUCUUUCGUGUCUAUUUAUGGAGUGGCAUUCUGUAGUCUGUCGAAGCUGUGGUCUCAGAGACUGAAAGGUGUUGGACAAUGUGAAACUGGAUUCAACUGGCUCACUGCUAGGCGAUGUCCGUUUAAGAUGGAAGGAAGUUAGAUCUCAUAUAUUACACUUCCGUUUCCUCGUUGUCCCCCACAACGUAACCAUAAUGUAGGCUUAG